UUAAUUGGCCCAUGAGUGGACUGCCAGCAUCCCCAAAUCUUUACAUAAAGAGGCGUGUUUGGGUCUGGAGCAGCCGCUGGAGAAGAGACAGACAGCGCUGGUGAUCCUCCACCUCCUCCACUGGUAAGGAAUUCACAUCCCAGCUCUGGCCAUGAGGAUCCUCUACCAGCUCCUGGUUGUCCUCUUCAUGAUGCUCCAAGGGGCUGCAGGUCAGCACUUCAUUCCUAGGCCAUUUAAUCCUUGUGCAGCCCAAAAUGGACGCUGUUUCCCAGGGAUAUGUCGGCGGCCAUAUUACUGGGUUGGAACAUGUGUUAAUGGAUUCUCUUGCUGCAGAAGGGGGUGGCGUGCCUGAAGGCUGCCUGGAUACUCCUUGGAGAUCCUUUCUGCUUCUACCGAAUGGCCUCUGAAUUACCGUGAUCCCAUUGUUCCUGGUGGCACCAGUUCCUGCUGCAACGAAAAGCUC